AAUUAGAGACGAUGUUUUGGUUGUUAUUGAACCAAAUCUACCCUUACUUUAUACGUGGGAUUUUGCUAAAAAUAAAUACAAACGUAUAUUAAACACAAACGGUAAAAUGUGCAAAAGUUACCCUGGAGGGUUAUUUCUUCGUGAAUUUAAUAAUCACGGUAAAACAAAAUAUGUUCCAGUUCAUAAACCAAAGGGUGCUGCUGUUGGAAAAAUUAAAAGACCAAGAUUGUAA